AUGCUGUGCUGCUAUUCCUGCUCAUGCUGUGUAUGCUGUGCUGCUAUUCCUGCUCAUGCUGUGUAUGCUGUGCUGCUAUUCCUGCUCAUGCUGUGUAUGCUGUGCUGCUAUUCCUGCUCAUGCUGUGUAUGCUGUGCUGCUAUUCCUGCUCAUGCUGUGUAUGCUGUGCUGCUAUUCCUGCUCAUGCUGUGUAUGCUGUGCUGCUAUUCCUGCUCAUGCUGUGUAUGCUGUGCUGCUAUUCCUGCUCAUGCUGUGUAUGCUGUGCUGCUAUUCCUGCUCAUGCUGUGUAUGCUGUGCUGCUAUUCCUGCUCAUGCUGUGUAUGCUGUGCUGCUAUUCCUGCUCAUGCUGUGUAUGCUGUGCUGCUAUUCCUGCUCAUGCUGUGUAUGCUGUGCCGCUAUUCCUGCUCAUGCUGUGUAUGCUGUGCCGCUAUUCCUGCUCAUGCUGUGUAUGCUGUGCUGCUAUUCCUGCUCAUGCUGUGUAUGCUGUGCUGCUAUUCCUGCGAAUGCUGUGUAUGCUGUGCUGCUAUUCCUGCUCAUGCUGUGUAUGCUGUGCUGCUAUUCCUGCUCAUGCUGUGUAUGCUGUGCUGCUAUUCCUGCUCAUGCUGUGUAUGCUGUGCUGCUAUUCCUGCUCAUGCUGUGUAUGCUGUGCUGCUAUUCCUGCUCAUGCUGUGUAUGCUGUGCUGCUAUUCCUGCUCAUGCUGUGUAUGCUGUGCUGCUAUUCCUGCUCAUGCUGUGUAUGCUGUGCUGCUAUUCCUGCUCAUGCUGUGUAUGCUGUGCUGCUAUUCCUGCUCAUGCUGUGUAUGCUGUGCUGCUAUUCCUGCUCAUGCUGUGUAUGCUGUGCUGCUAUUCCUGCUCAUGCUGUGUAUGCUGUGCUGCUAUUCCUGCUCAUGCUGUGUAUGCUGUGCUGCUAUUCCUGCUCAUGCUGUGUAUGCUGUGCCGCUAUUCCUGCUCAUGCUGUGUAUGCUGUGCCGCUAUUCCUGCUCAUGCUGUGUAUGCUGUGCCGCUAUUCCUGCUCAUGCUGUGUAUGCUGUGCCGCUAUUCCUGCUCAUGCUGUGUAUGCUGUGCUGCUAUUCCUGCUCAUGCUGUGUAUGCUGUGCUGCUAUUCCUGCUCAUGCUGUGUAUGCUGUGCUGCUAUUCCUGCUCAUGCUGUGUAUGCUGUGCUGCUAUUCCUGCUCAUGCUGUGUAUGCUGUGCUGCUAUUCCUGCUCAUGCUGUGUAUGCUGUGCUGCUAUUCCUGCUCAUGCUGUGUAUGCUGUGCUGCUAUUCCUGCUCAUGCUGUGUAUGCUGUGCUGCUAUUCCUGCUCAUGCUGUGUAUGCUGUGCUGCUAUUCCUGCUCAUGCUGUGUAUGCUGUGCUGCUAUUCCUGCUCAUGCUGUGUAUGCUGUGCUGCUAUUCCUGCUCAUGCUGUGUAUGCUGUGCUGCUAUUCCUGCUCAUGCUGUGUAUGCUGUGCUGCUAUUCCUGCUCAUGCUGUGUAUGCUGUGCUGCUAUUCCUGCUCAUGCUGUGUAUGCUGUGCCGCUAUUCCUGCUCAUGCUGUGUAUGCUGUGCUGCUAUUCCUGCUCAUGCUGUGUAUGCUGUGCUGCUAUUCCUGCUCAUGCUGUGUAUGCUGUGCUGCUAUUCCUGCUCAUGCUGUGUAUGCUGUGCUGCUAUUCCUGCUCAUGCUGUGUAUGCUGUGCUGCUAUUCCUGCUCAUGCUGUGUAUGCUGUGCUGCUAUUCCUGCUCAUGCUGUGUAUGCUGUGCUGCUAUUCCUGCUCAUGCUGUGUAUGCUGUGCUGCUAUUCCUGCUCAUGCUGUGUAUGCUGUGCUGCUAUUCCUGCUCAUGCUGUGUAUGCUGUGCUGCUAUUCCUGCUCAUGCUGUGUAUGCUGUGCUGCUAUUCCUGCUCAUGCUGUGUAUGCUGUGCUGCUAUUCCUGCUCAUGCUGUGUAUGCUGUGCUGCUAUUCCUGCUCAUGCUGUGUAUGCUGUGCUGCUAUUCCUGCUCAUGCUGUGUAUGCUGUGCUGCUAUUCCUGCUCAUGCUGUGUAUGCUGUGCUGCUAUUCCUGCUCAUGCUGUGUAUGCUGUGCUGCUAUUCCUGCUCAUGCUGUGUAUGCUGUGCUGCUAUUCCUGCUCAUGCUGUGUAUGCUGUGCCGCUAUUCCUGCUCAUGCUGUGUAUGCUGUGCUGCUAUUCCUGCUCAUGCUGUGUAUGCUGUGCUGCUAUUCCUGCUCAUGCUGUGUAUGCUGUGCUGCUAUUCCUGCUCAUGCUGUGUAUGCUGUGCUGCUAUUCCUGCUCAUGCUGUGUAUGCUGUGCUGCUAUUCCUGCUCAUGCUGUGUAUGCUGUGCUGCUAUUCCUGCUCAUGCUGUGUAUGCUGUGCUGCUAUUCCUGCUCAUGCUGUGUAUGCUGUGCUGCUAUUCCUGCUCAUGCUGUGUAUGCUGUGCUGCUAUUCCUGCUCAUGCUGUGUAUGCUGUGCUGCUAUUCCUGCUCAUGCUGUGUAUGCUGUGCCGCUAUUCCUGCUCAUGCUGUGUAUGCUGUGCCGCUAUUCCUGCUCAUGCUGUGUAUGCUGUGCCGCUAUUCCUGCUCAUGCUGUGUAUGCUGUGCUGCUAUUCCUGCUCAUGCUGUGUAUGCUGUGCUGCUAUUCCUGCUCAUGCUGUGUAUGCUGUGCUGCUAUUCCUGCUCAUGCUGUGUAUGCUGUGCUGCUAUUCCUGCUCAUGCUGUGUAUGCUGUGCUGCUAUUCCUGCUCAUGCUGUGUAUGCUGUGCUGCUAUUCCUGCUCAUGCUGUGUAUGCUGUGCUGCUAUUCCUGCUCAUGCUGUGUAUGCUGUGCCGCUAUUCCUGCUCAUGCUGUGUAUGCUGUGCUGCUAUUCCUGCUCAUGCUGUGUAUGCUGUGCCGCUAUUCCUGCUCAUGCUGUGUAUGCUGUGCCGCUAUUCCUGCUCAUGCUGUGUAUGCUGUGCUGCUAUUCCUGCUCAUGCUGUGUAUGCUGUGCUGCUAUUCCUGCUCAUGCUGUGUAUGCUGUGCCGCUAUUCCUGCUCAUGCUGUGUAUGCUGUGCUGCUAUUCCUGCUCAUGCUGUGUAUGCUGUGCCGCUAUUCCUGCUCAUGCUGUGUAUGCUGUGCUGCUAUUCCUGCUCAUGCUGUGUAUGCUGUGCCGCUAUUCCUGCUCAUGCUGUGUAUGCUGUGCCGCUAUUCCUGCUCAUGCUGUGUAUGCUGUGCCGCUAUUCCUGCUCAUGCUGUGUAUGCUGUGCUGCUAUUCCUGCUCAUGCUGUGUAUGCUGUGCUGCUAUUCCUGCUCAUGCUGUGUAUGCUGUGCUGCUAUUCCUGCUCAUGCUGUGUAUGCUGUGCUGCUAUUCCUGCUCAUGCUGUGUAUGCUGUGCCGCUAUUCCUGCUCAUGCUGUGUAUGCUGUGCCGCUAUUCCUGCUCAUGCUGUGUAUGCUGUGCCGCUAUUCCUGCUCAUGCUGUGUAUGCUGUGCUGCUAUUCCUGCUCAUGCUGUGUAUGCUGUGCUGCUAUUCCUGCUCAUGCUGUGUAUGCUGUGCUGCUAUUCCUGCUCAUGCUGUGUAUGCUGUGCCGCUAUUCCUGCUCAUGCUGUGUAUGCUGUGCCGCUAUUCCUGCUCAUGCUGUGUAUGCUGUGCUGCUAUUCCUGCUCAUGCUGUGUAUGCUGUGCUGCUAUUCCUGCUCAUGCUGUGUAUGCUGUGCUGCUAUUCCUGCUCAUGCUGUGUAUGCUGUGCUGCUAUUCCUGCUCAUGCUGUGUAUGCUGUGCUGCUAUUCCUGCUCAUGCUGUGUAUGCUGUGCCGCUAUUCCUGCUCAUGCUGUGUAUGCUGUGCUGCUAUUCCUGCUCAUGCUGUGUAUGCUGUGCUGCUAUUCCUGCUCAUGCUGUGUAUGCUGUGCUGCUAUUCCUGCUCAUGCUGUGUAUGCUGUGCUGCUAUUCCUGCUCAUGCUGUGUAUGCUGUGCUGCUAUUCCUGCUCAUGCUGUGUAUGCUGUGCUGCUAUUCCUGCUCAUGCUGUGUAUGCUGUGCUGCUAUUCCUGCUCAUGCUGUGUAUGCUGUGCCGCUAUUCCUGCUCAUGCUGUGUAUGCUGUGCUGCUAUUCCUGCUCAUGCUGUGUAUGCUGUGCUGCUAUUCCUGCUCAUGCUGUGUAUGCUGUGCUGCUAUUCCUGCUCAUGCUGUGUAUGCUGUGCUGCUAUUCCUGCUCAUGCUGUGUAUGCUGUGCUGCUAUUCCUGCUCAUGCUGUGUAUGCUGUGCCGCUAUUCCUGCUCAUGCUGUGUAUGCUGUGCCGCUAUUCCUGCUCAUGCUGUGUAUGCUGUGCUGCUAUUCCUGCUCAUGCUGUGUAUGCUGUGCUGCUAUUCCUGCUCAUGCUGUGUAUGCUGUGCUGCUAUUCCUGCUCAUGCUGUGUAUGCUGUGCUGCUAUUCCUGCUCAUGCUGUGUAUGCUGUGCUGCUAUUCCUGCUCAUGCUGUGUAUGCUGUGCCGCUAUUCCUGCUCAUGCUGUGUAUGCUGUGCCGCUAUUCCUGCUCAUGCUGUGUAUGCUGUGCUGCUAUUCCUGCUCAUGCUGUGUAUGCUGUGCUGCUAUUCCUGCUCAUGCUGUGUAUGCUGUGCCGCUAUUCCUGCUCAUGCUGUGUAUGCUGUGCCGCUAUUCCUGCUCAUGCUGUGUAUGCUGUGCCGCUAUUCCUGCUCAUGCUGUGUAUGCUGUGCUGCUAUUCCUGCUCAUGCUGUGUAUGCUGUGCUGCUAUUCCUGCUCAUGCUGUGUAUGCUGUGCUGCUAUUCCUGCUCAUGCUGUGUAUGCUGUGCUGCUAUUCCUGCUCAUGCUGUGUAUGCUGUGCUGCUAUUCCUGCUCAUGCUGUGUAUGCUGUGCUGCUAUUCCUGCUCAUGCUGUGUAUGCUGUGCUGCUAUUCCUGCUCAUGCUGUGUAUGCUGUGCUGCUAUUCCUGCUCAUGCUGUGUAUGCUGUGCUGCUAUUCCUGCUCAUGCUGUGUAUGCUGUGCUGCUAUUCCUGCUCAUGCUGUGUAUGCUGUGCUGCUAUUCCUGCUCAUGCUGUGUAUGCUGUGCUGCUAUUCCUGCUCAUGCUGUGUAUGCUGUGCUGCUAUUCCUGCUCAUGCUGUGUAUGCUGUGCUGCUAUUCCUGCUCAUGCUGUGUAUGCUGUGCCGCUAUUCCUGCUCAUGCUGUGUAUGCUGUGCCGCUAUUCCUGCUCAUGCUGUGUAUGCUGUGCUGCUAUUCCUGCUCAUGCUGUGUAUGCUGUGCUGCUAUUCCUGCUCAUGCUGUGUAUGCUGUGCCGCUAUUCCUGCUCAUGCUGUGUAUGCUGUGCCGCUAUUCCUGCUCAUGCUGUGUAUGCUGUGCCGCUAUUCCUGCUCAUGCUGUGUAUGCUGUGCCGCUAUUCCUGCUCAUGCUGUGUAUGCUGUGCCGCUAUUCCUGCUCAUGCUGUGUAUGCUGUGCUGCUAUUCCUGCUCAUGCUGUGUAUGCUGUGCUGCUAUUCCUGCUCAUGCUGUGUAUGCUGUGCUGCUAUUCCUGCUCAUGCUGUGUAUGCUGUGCUGCUAUUCCUGCUCAUGCUGUGUAUGCUGUGCUGCUAUUCCUGCUCAUGCUGUGUAUGCUGUGCUGCUAUUCCUGCUCAUGCUGUGUAUGCUGUGCUGCUAUUCCUGCUCAUGCUGUGUAUGCUGUGCUGCUAUUCCUGCUCAUGCUGUGUAUGCUGUGCUGCUAUUCCUGCUCAUGCUGUGUAUGCUGUGCUGCUAUUCCUGCUCAUGCUGUGUAUGCUGUGCUGCUAUUCCUGCUCAUGCUGUGUAUGCUGUGCUGCUAUUCCUGCUCAUGCUGUGUAUGCUGUGCCGCUAUUCCUGCUCAUGCUGUGUAUGCUGUGCCGCUAUUCCUGCUCAUGCUGUGUAUGCUGUGCCGCUAUUCCUGCUCAUGCUGUGUAUGCUGUGCUGCUAUUCCUGCUCAUGCUGUGUAUGCUGUGCUGCUAUUCCUGCUCAUGCUGUGUAUGCUGUGCUGCUAUUCCUGCUCAUGCUGUGUAUGCUGUGCUGCUAUUCCUGCUCAUGCUGUGUAUGCUGUGCCGCUAUUCCUGCUCAUGCUGUGUAUGCUGUGCCGCUAUUCCUGCUCAUGCUGUGUAUGCUGUGCCGCUAUUCCUGCUCAUGCUGUGUAUGCUGUGCCGCUAUUCCUGCUCAUGCUGUGUAUGCUGUGCUGCUAUUCCUGCUCAUGCUGUGUAUGCUGUGCUGCUAUUCCUGCUCAUGCUGUGUAUGCUGUGCUGCUAUUCCUGCUCAUGCUGUGUAUGCUGUGCUGCUAUUCCUGCUCAUGCUGUGUAUGCUGUGCUGCUAUUCCUGCUCAUGCUGUGUAUGCUGUGCUGCUAUUCCUGCUCAUGCUGUGUAUGCUGUGCUGCUAUUCCUGCUCAUGCUGUGUAUGCUGUGCUGCUAUUCCUGCUCAUGCUGUGUAUGCUGUGCCGCUAUUCCUGCUCAUGCUGUGUAUGCUGUGCCGCUAUUCCUGCUCAUGCUGUGUAUGCUGUGCUGCUAUUCCUGCUCAUGCUGUGUAUGCUGUGCUGCUAUUCCUGCUCAUGCUGUGUAUGCUGUGCCGCUAUUCCUGCUCAUGCUGUGUAUGCUGUGCCGCUAUUCCUGCUCAUGCUGUGUAUGCUGUGCCGCUAUUCCUGCUCAUGCUGUGUAUGCUGUGCUGCUAUUCCUGCUCAUGCUGUGUAUGCUGUGCUGCUAUUCCUGCUCAUGCUGUGUAUGCUGUGCCGCUAUUCCUGCUCAUGCUGUGUAUGCUGUGCCGCUAUUCCUGCUCAUGCUGUGUAUGCUGUGCUGCUAUUCCUGCUCAUGCUGUGUAUGCUGUGCCGCUAUUCCUGCUCAUGCUGUGUAUGCUGUGCCGCUAUUCCUGCUCAUGCUGUGUAUGCUGUGCCGCUAUUCCUGCUCAUGCUGUGUAUGCUGUGCCGCUAUUCCUGCUCAUGCUGUGUAUGCUGUGCCGCUAUUCCUGCUCAUGCUGUGUAUGCUGUGCCGCUAUUCCUGCUCAUGCUGUGUAUGCUGUGCUGCUAUUCCUGCUCAUGCUGUGUAUGCUGUGCUGCUAUUCCUGCUCAUGCUGUGUAUGCUGUGCCGCUAUUCCUGCUCAUGCUGUGUAUGCUGUGCCGCUAUUCCUGCUCAUGCUGUGUAUGCUGUGCCGCUAUUCCUGCUCAUGCUGUGUAUGCUGUGCCGCUAUUCCUGCUCAUGCUGUGUAUGCUGUGCUGCUAUUCCUGCUCAUGCUGUGUAUGCUGUGCUGCUAUUCCUGCUCAUGCUGUGUAUGCUGUGCCGCUAUUCCUGCUCAUGCUGUGUAUGCUGUGCCGCUAUUCCUGCUCAUGCUGUGUAUGCUGUGCCGCUAUUCCUGCUCAUGCUGUGUAUGCUGUGCCGCUAUUCCUGCUCAUGCUGUGUAUGCUGUGCCGCUAUUCCUGCUCAUGCUGUGUAUGCUGUGCCGCUAUUCCUGCUCAUGCUGUGUAUGCUGUGCCGCUAUUCCUGCUCAUGCUGUGUAUGCUGUGCCGCUAUUCCUGCUCAUGCUGUGUAUGCUGUGCCGCUAUUCCUGCUCAUGCUGUGUAUGCUGUGCUGCUAUUCCUGCUCAUGCUGUGUAUGCUGUGCUGCUAUUCCUGCUCAUGCUGUGUAUGCUGUGCUGCUAUUCCUGCUCAUGCUGUGUAUGCUGUGCUGCUAUUCCUGCUCAUGCUGUGUAUGCUGUGCUGCUAUUCCUGCUCAUGCUGUGUAUGCUGUGCUGCUAUUCCUGCUCAUGCUGUGUAUGCUGUGCUGCUAUUCCUGCUCAUGCUGUGUAUGCUGUGCCGCUAUUCCUGCUCAUGCUGUGUAUGCUGUGCUGCUAUUCCUGCUCAUGCUGUGUAUGCUGUGCUGCUAUUCCUGCUCAUGCUGUGUAUGCUGUGCUGCUAUUCCUGCUCAUGCUGUGUAUGCUGUGCUGCUAUUCCUGCUCAUGCUGUGUAUGCUGUGCUGCUAUUCCUGCUCAUGCUGUGUAUGCUGUGCCGCUAUUCCUGCUCAUGCUGUGUAUGCUGUGCUGCUAUUCCUGCUCAUGCUGUGUAUGCUGUGCUGCUAUUCCUGCUCAUGCUGUGUAUGCUGUGCCGCUAUUCCUGCUCAUGCUGUGUAUGCUGUGCCGCUAUUCCUGCUCAUGCUGUGUAUGCUGUGCUGCUAUUCCUGCUCAUGCUGUGUAUGCUGUGCUGCUAUUCCUGCUCAUGCUGUGUAUGCUGUGCUGCUAUUCCUGCUCAUGCUGUGUAUGCUGUGCUGCUAUUCCUGCUCAUGCUGUGUAUGCUGUGCUGCUAUUCCUGCUCAUGCUGUGUAUGCUGUGCUGCUAUUCCUGCUCAUGCUGUGUAUGCUGUGCUGCUAUUCCUGCUCAUGCUGUGUAUGCUGUGCUGCUAUUCCUGCUCAUGCUGUGUAUGCUGUGCCGCUAUUCCUGCUCAUGCUGUGUAUGCUGUGCCGCUAUUCCUGCUCAUGCUGUGUAUGCUGUGCUGCUAUUCCUGCUCAUGCUGUGUAUGCUGUGCCGCUAUUCCUGCUCAUGCUGUGUAUGCUGUGCCGCUAUUCCUGCUCAUGCUGUGUAUGCUGUGCUGCUAUUCCUGCUCAUGCUGUGUAUGCUGUGCUGCUAUUCCUGCUCAUGCUGUGUAUGCUGUGCUGCUAUUCCUGCUCAUGCUGUGUAUGCUGUGCUGCUAUUCCUGCUCAUGCUGUGUAUGCUGUGCUGCUAUUCCUGCUCAUGCUGUGUAUGCUGUGCUGCUAUUCCUGCUCAUGCUGUGUAUGCUGUGCUGCUAUUCCUGCUCAUGCUGUGUAUGCUGUGCUGCUAUUCCUGCUCAUGCUGUGUAUGCUGUGCUGCUAUUCCUGCUCAUGCUGUGUAUGCUGUGCUGCUAUUCCUGCUCAUGCUGUGUAUGCUGUGCUGCUAUUCCUGCUCAUGCUGUGUAUGCUGUGCUGCUAUUCCUGCUCAUGCUGUGUAUGCUGUGCUGCUAUUCCUGCUCAUGCUGUGUAUGCUGUGCUGCUAUUCCUGCUCAUGCUGUGUAUGCUGUGCUGCUAUUCCUGCUCAUGCUGUGUAUGCUGUGCUGCUAUUCCUGCUCAUGCUGUGUAUGCUGUGCUGCUAUUCCUGCUCAUGCUGUGUAUGCUGUGCUGCUAUUCCUGCUCAUGCUGUGUAUGCUGUGCCGCUAUUCCUGCUCAUGCUGUGUAUGCUGUGCCGCUAUUCCUGCUCAUGCUGUGUAUGCUGUGCUGCUAUUCCUGCUCAUGCUGUGUAUGCUGUGCUGCUAUUCCUGCUCAUGCUGUGUAUGCUGUGCCGCUAUUCCUGCUCAUGCUGUGUAUGCUGUGCCGCUAUUCCUGCUCAUGCUGUGUAUGCUGUGCCGCUAUUCCUGCUCAUGCUGUGUAUGCUGUGCCGCUAUUCCUGCUCAUGCUGUGUAUGCUGUGCCGCUAUUCCUGCUCAUGCUGUGUAUGCUGUGCUGCUAUUCCUGCUCAUGCUGUGUAUGCUGUGCUGCUAUUCCUGCUCAUGCUGUGUAUGCUGUGCUGCUAUUCCUGCUCAUGCUGUGUAUGCUGUGCUGCUAUUCCUGCUCAUGCUGUGUAUGCUGUGCUGCUAUUCCUGCUCAUGCUGUGUAUGCUGUGCUGCUAUUCCUGCUCAUGCUGUGUAUGCUGUGCUGCUAUUCCUGCUCAUGCUGUGUAUGCUGUGCUGCUAUUCCUGCUCAUGCUGUGUAUGCUGUGCUGCUAUUCCUGCUCAUGCUGUGUAUGCUGUGCUGCUAUUCCUGCUCAUGCUGUGUAUGCUGUGCUGCUAUUCCUGCUCAUGCUGUGUAUGCUGUGCUGCUAUUCCUGCUCAUGCUGUGUAUGCUGUGCCGCUAUUCCUGCUCAUGCUGUGUAUGCUGUGCUGCUAUUCCUGCUCAUGCUGUGUAUGCUGUGCCGCUAUUCCUGCUCAUGCUGUGUAUGCUGUGCUGCUAUUCCUGCUCAUGCUGUGUAUGCUGUGCUGCUAUUCCUGCUCAUGCUGUGUAUGCUGUGCUGCUAUUCCUGCUCAUGCUGUGUAUGCUGUGCCGCUAUUCCUGCUCAUGCUGUGUAUGCUGUGCCGCUAUUCCUGCUCAUGCUGUGUAUGCUGUGCUGCUAUUCCUGCUCAUGCUGUGUAUGCUGUGCCGCUAUUCCUGCUCAUGCUGUGUAUGCUGUGCUGCUAUUCCUGCUCAUGCUGUGUAUGCUGUGCUGCUAUUCCUGCUCAUGCUGUGUAUGCUGUGCUGCUAUUCCUGCUCAUGCUGUGUAUGCUGUGCUGCUAUUCCUGCUCAUGCUGUGUAUGCUGUGCUGCUAUUCCUGCUCAUGCUGUGUAUGCUGUGCUGCUAUUCCUGCUCAUGCUGUGUAUGCUGUGCUGCUAUUCCUGCUCAUGCUGUGUAUGCUGUGCUGCUAUUCCUGCUCAUGCUGUGUAUGCUGUGCUGCUAUUCCUGCUCAUGCUGUGUAUGCUGUGCUGCUAUUCCUGCUCAUGCUGUGUAUGCUGUGCCGCUAUUCCUGCUCAUGCUGUGUAUGCUGUGCCGCUAUUCCUGCUCAUGCUGUGUAUGCUGUGCUGCUAUUCCUGCUCAUGCUGUGUAUGCUGUGCUGCUAUUCCUGCGAAUGCUGUGUAUGCUGUGCUGCUAUUCCUGCUCAUGCUGUGUAUGCUGUGCUGCUAUUCCUGCUCAUGCUGUGUAUGCUGUGCUGCUAUUCCUGCUCAUGCUGUGUAUGCUGUGCUGCUAUUCCUGCUCAUGCUGUGUAUGCUGUGCUGCUAUUCCUGCUCAUGCUGUGUAUGCUGUGCUGCUAUUCCUGCUCAUGCUGUGUAUGCUGUGCUGCUAUUCCUGCUCAUGCUGUGUAUGCUGUGCUGCUAUUCCUGCUCAUGCUGUGUAUGCUGUGCUGCUAUUCCUGCUCAUGCUGUGUAUGCUGUGCUGCUAUUCCUGCUCAUGCUGUGUAUGCUGUGCUGCUAUUCCUGCUCAUGCUGUGUAUGCUGUGCUGCUAUUCCUGCUCAUGCUGUGUAUGCUGUGCUGCUAUUCCUGCUCAUGCUGUGUAUGCUGUGCUGCUAUUCCUGCUCAUGCUGUGUAUGCUGUGCUGCUAUUCCUGCUCAUGCUGUGUAUGCUGUGCUGCUAUUCCUGCUCAUGCUGUGUAUGCUGUGCUGCUAUUCCUGCUCAUGCUGUGUAUGCUGUGCCGCUAUUCCUGCUCAUGCUGUGUAUGCUGUGCCGCUAUUCCUGCUCAUGCUGUGUAUGCUGUGCCGCUAUUCCUGCUCAUGCUGUGUAUGCUGUGCCGCUAUUCCUGCUCAUGCUGUGUAUGCUGUGCUGCUAUUCCUGCUCAUGCUGUGUAUGCUGUGCUGCUAUUCCUGCUCAUGCUGUGUAUGCUGUGCCGCUAUUCCUGCUCAUGCUGUGUAUGCUGUGCCGCUAUUCCUGCUCAUGCUGUGUAUGCUGUGCUGCUAUUCCUGCUCAUGCUGUGUAUGCUGUGCCGCUAUUCCUGCUCAUGCUGUGUAUGCUGUGCCGCUAUUCCUGCUCAUGCUGUGUAUGCUGUGCCGCUAUUCCUGCUCAUGCUGUGUAUGCUGUGCCGCUAUUCCUGCUCAUGCUGUGUAUGCUGUGCCGCUAUUCCUGCUCAUGCUGUGUAUGCUGUGCUGCUAUUCCUGCUCAUGCUGUGUAUGCUGUGCUGCUAUUCCUGCUCAUGCUGUGUAUGCUGUGCUGCUAUUCCUGCUCAUGCUGUGUAUGCUGUGCUGCUAUUCCUGCUCAUGCUGUGUAUGCUGUGCUGCUAUUCCUGCUCAUGCUGUGUAUGCUGUGCUGCUAUUCCUGCUCAUGCUGUGUAUGCUGUGCUGCUAUUCCUGCUCAUGCUGUGUAUGCUGUGCUGCUAUUCCUGCUCAUGCUGUGUAUGCUGUGCUGCUAUUCCUGCUCAUGCUGUGUAUGCUGUGCUGCUAUUCCUGCUCAUGCUGUGUAUGCUGUGCUGCUAUUCCUGCUCAUGCUGUGUAUGCUGUGCUGCUAUUCCUGCUCAUGCUGUGUAUGCUGUGCUGCUAUUCCUGCUCAUGCUGUGUAUGCUGUGCUGCUAUUCCUGCUCAUGCUGUGUAUGCUGUGCUGCUAUUCCUGCUCAUGCUGUGUAUGCUGUGCUGCUAUUCCUGCUCAUGCUGUGUAUGCUGUGCUGCUAUUCCUGCUCAUGCUGUGUAUGCUGUGCUGCUAUUCCUGCUCAUGCUGUGUAUGCUGUGCUGCUAUUCCUGCUCAUGCUGUGUAUGCUGUGCUGCUAUUUCUGCUAA